UCACCUAGACUCCGUCCUUAAUCCUAACAAGUGGUAUCAGAGCAAUAUUAAGGACAUUGAGAGGAGUCUACAGAAGUGUGAAGACCCUUCUAGACCCACCAUGGCCUGUGGGUGUGCCUAAGUGGUGUUCUAAAGGUUGGAUGUGUCUUCCGCUAAGGGGAAACUCUGCCGAAAUUUCGUGGACGCCGACACUUGUGAAAAUAUCGAGGGAGCUGAGUGUGGACAGCAAAGGGGAGCUGAAACUCGUCAUUUCUCAAGGAGAAGAUGAAUGAGAGAGGAGGAGAUGCUAAUGGAAGAGGAGCUGUAGCUGAGAAGACAAGUGAGCCGCCGCCAUCAAAAGUUGAAGCUUUGGAUGGCUCCAACUAUAAGGAAUGGAGCGGACGGAUGAGGAGUGCCUUCAAACGCUACAAGCUACUGAAGAUUGCUGUUGGGGAAGAGAAGAUGCCGGAAGAAGGCGAAGCACGUGAACGGUGGAUUGAGAAAAGCGCGGUGCUUUUCGACCUCAUCCUUCAAUCGGUCAACAAGGAGAUGUUCGAGCACAUCAAGGAUCUUGUGGAAGCGGAUGAUUCGGGUCCAAGGGCGUGGAAACUACUACGCGAUGUGAUUCAGCCCAACACUCUCCCGAUGGUGAUCGUGCUCGAGAAGGAACUUGCUGCCAUCUCCAUGCGACCAGGGGACGAUGUGAAGCCAGUCCUUGACAAGAUCAAGGACACCUAUGCAAGGAUGGCAGCAGCGGGCAGCAGUGUAUCUCAGCUGCAGCAGUGCACCAAGAUCAUCUCGGUGUUGGACAACUCUUGGGACAACCUCAUCCCCACCCUCAACUCUCAGCAAGAUCAAUGGACACCUGAUGGCAGGGGGAGUACCAGAAUGGAGGGCACCUGCUGGUACUGCAAGAAGGUCGGGCAUCCUUGGUUCAAGUGCUUCAGCAGGCCGGAGGGAUGGUCACCUCCAGGCAUGAAGCCGCCAAGUGGUGAACGCGCACAAGGUGGCGCUGUGCAAGGCUCAGGUGCACAAGGUGAAGGUGCACAAGGUAACGCCUAUCCUGGGAUGUAUCUUAUGGUUGAGGAUGUGCAUGGGCAUGAGGGUGAUGUGGGAUCAGUGGGAAAGGUUGUGAUGCACCCUCUCACACACUGGGUGAUUGAUUCAGGGUGCACCAGUCACAUGACCCCACGGGCAGAUUUGCUUGAUGAGGUAAAACCCCCUGGGAAGAUCAAGUAUGUGGCAGCAGCGUCAGGUGCUUUGCUCCCUGUGAUUGGUGUUGGGAAUGCCAAGGUUAAGGGAGCUAAUGGGGAGCUUGUGGGGCUUGGGAAUGUUCUGCUGGUUGAAGGCUUGUCUGCUAACCUUCUCUCUGUGCGACGACUGCAGAAGAGCAAGGCCGAAGUGACCUUUGGACCAACCAGCUGCCGUGCUAAGCUUGGGAAGAAGGUGCUGUGGAGUCUGGAAGAGGAGACCAGCUGCAUCAAGGACCUGUGGCAGCUGCCCAUCAUCCCAUGGAAUGGGAAGACUCCAACAGCAGCAACGGCAGCAGCGGCAAAGGCAACAGCAGGAAGAGAUGCAACUGCACCAACUGAUGGGGUCCUGGAAGCAGUCAAGAAAGUGCAGCAGCAGCAGACACAUGGCGAGGUGCUUGCUGGUGUGGAUGCGAGUGCGGCAUGGGCUAAGGCUUCAUCAAGGAGUGGAGAGGCCGAUUGGGAGACAUGGCAUGAGAGGCUGUGUCAUGUGAACUUCCCUAUGCUGCAGAAGUUGGUGAAGAAUGGGAGCCUGAAGGGCUUGGAGGUGAAAGGGGAAGUGAAGGAGAUUGGGAGCUGCCCUACAUGCUUGGAGACCAAGUUCUCCAAGUUCCCCUUCAACAGCACUACAGGACCAGCCAAGACCCCACUUGCACUUGUGCACAUGGAUGUGGUGGGGCCCACAAGAGCGCCUUCCCUCUCAGGCAGCCGCUAUUUCUUGACAAUUGUGGAUGACCACACUCGGGCAGUGUGGGUUUACCCUUUGAAGAGCAAGGGGGAGGUGGCAGCGGCUGUCCUUAAGGAGUGGAUGCCUAGAGCUCAGAGGGAAUGCGGAUACAAGGUGAAGGUGAUCCGCAGUGACAAUGAUUCUUGAACUUUGAUUGAACCUUUGAGAUUGAGUUA